GCCACGGGGCGGGGCGGGACGCGGCGGCCGAGCCCGGGGAGACAGCGGCGGAAAGUGCCACGACUCCACACGACCGCGGCGGCGAGGAGGGACCCGGCACGGGCACAGAAGAGUGAGGUAUGAUGGAUGUGUACGACCCUCAGACCCUGGGUGUUAUGGUCUUUGGAGGCUUCAUGGUGAUCUCAGCCAUCGGGAUCUUCCUGGUGUCCACCUUCUCCAUGAAGGAGACAUCUUACGAGGAAGCCUUGGCCAAGCAACGCAAGGAGCUUGAGAAGGCCCAGCAGCAGAAAUUAGAGAAAAAGAAGAAAGAGAAGCCAGUUGAGAAAAAAGGAAAAGCAAAGAAAAAGGAAGAGAAAGCGAAUGGAAAGAUCCCGGAGCAGCAGCUUACUCAGGAAGUGACGGACCCUCCCAAGGAGGUGGUUCCUGAGCCUGCUGUGGUGCCUGAGCCUGUAACAGUCAAAACCCCAAUUGCAGCAGUGGCAAUUGUCCCCCAGGAAAAGGAGAAACCUGUUCCAUCACCUAAGGAGAAGAGGAAGAAGGAGAAGAAGGUGGCAAAGGUAGAGCCUGCUCCUAGCCCAGUGUUGGCUCCACCCCCUGUCAGCAUCCCCAAAAGUUCUCCUGUCCGGGAAGUGGCCCCUAAGGAGGUGCCUGUUGUGGCAGUGCCCCCAGUUGGCACUCAGCAAAGUGCUCCAGUCAUCAGCUCUGUUGCUGUCAGGAAAAUCGAGGCUCUUCCCACCCAGGAGGAUCAGAAACAUGAUGCACCUGCCAAGAAAAAGGGUACAUCCAAGAAAAAGAGUGAGCCAGCACCUACAGAUUCAGAUGGGGCCCUGUACCUGCCCUACAAGACACUUGUGUCCACAGUCAGCAGCAUGGUGUUCAGCGAGGGGGAGGCCCAGCAGCUCAUCGAGAUCCUGACAGAGAAAGCAGGAAUCAUCCAGGACAUCUGGCACACGGCCACGCAGAAGGGUGACCCAGUUGCUGUCCUGAAACGCCAACUGGAAGAGAAGGAGAAGCUGCUCUCUGCUGAGCAGGAGGAUUCAGCUGCUGCCAGGAACAAACUGCGGGAGCUGGGCAAGGAGCUGGCAGCUGAGCGGGCCAAGGCGGUGGCCGUGGAGGGCAAGCUGAAGGAGCAGCUGCUGGCUCGCGAGCGGGAGAUCGUGGCAGUGCAGGCACGGAUGCAGGCCAGCUACCAGGACCAUGUCAGCGAGACCCAGCAGCUCCAGGGCAAGAUCCGGACCCUGCAGGAACAGCUGGAGAAUGGCCCCAACACGCAGCUGGCUCGCUUGCAGCAGGAGAACUCCAUCCUGAGGGAUGCUCUCAACCAGGCUACCAGCCAGAUGGAAAGCAAGCAAAAUGCUGAGCUGGCCAAGUUGAGACAGGAGUGCAGCAAGCUGAUGAAAGAGCUGUCUGAGAAGUCGGAGGUGCUGCAGCAAGAGGAGCAGCAGAGGAAGAGCUGGGAGAUCAAAGCAGCGACCUCGGAGAAGCGAAUUGAGCAGCUGCAGGCUUACCAACGGGAGGCAGAGGCAAUGCUGCAGAAGAGGCUGGAUGAGGUCAGUGACGAGCUCCGCAAAACCCAGAGCAGCUACAAGAGCCUGUUGGCAGAUGCAGAAAAGACCAAAGGGCAGCAGCAGAGUAUUGCUGAACUGCAGGCCAAGCUGCUGAGCUCCGAGGCAGAGGUUAAAAGUAAGCUGCUGGAGUUGGACAGUAUGAAGGGGCGAAUGCAGGAUGUCAGCUUGGAGAAUACAAAGCUUCUGGAGAGGAUCAAGUCCAUCGAAGCUCUGUUGGAGGCAGGGAAGAUGCAGGAGGCAGAAAAAGACAGAGACCUGCAGGCAGCCAAUGAAGCAGAAAUGAAGCAGCUGCAGUCAAGACUCCAGGAGAAGACAGACCAGCUCUCAGCCUUGGAAAGGGAGGCUACACAGCUGCGGGAGGCAGUGGAGCAACAGAAGGUGAAAAACAAUGACCUUCGGGAAAAGAACUGGAAGGCAAUGGAAGCACUGACCACGGUGGAGAAGGCGUGUGAGGAAAAGCUGCUUGCUGCUACAAAAGAGAAGGAAGAGCUGGCCCAACAGCUGGACUCACUCCAGACUCGAACCAAGCAGACGCUGCUCUCCGCCCUCCCAGGAGUAACUGUGUCCUCACAGCAGGAUUAUGACACAUGGCUACAGGAGUUUAAGGAGAAGACUGUGGGUGUGCUAAAGCAGCAGAUGAUCACAACAGAGCCACCAGAUUCAGCUCUGAAAUUAAAAGAGGCAGAGGAAGCGCAAAGCACUUUACAAGCUGAAUGUGAGCAGUACAGAACGAUCCUUGCAGAGACAGAAGGGAUGCUGCGAAACCUGCAGAAGAGCGUGGAGGAGGAGGAGCAGGUGUGGAAGGCAAAGCUCGCAGCGUCUGAAGAGGAGCUCCAAAAGUCACACCUGCAGCUGAAAUCCCUGGAAGGCGUGGUGGAGAAGCUGAAGGCAGAUCUGGAAAGCACAGAUCAGCUAAAGGAAUACACCUCUCUUCUGGAAACACAACUGGAAAAUCACUUGGAGACAGCCAGCUCAGAGCGCCAGAACUACACAAAAGAAGUUGAAGCUUUGAGGCAGCUCUUGUCACAGUCCCAGGAGCAGGUGGAGGCAGCAAAGACUGAAAUGCAGAAGCAGAGCAAGGAGCUGGCCCUGUUGAAAACCCAGCUGGAGCAGAACGAAACACUGGCAGAGAAGGAGCAAAUGCUGCGGCAAAAGCUGGCACGGGAGCUGGAGGAGGCCCAGAGCUUAGCACGCGGCUUGCAAGCAGAGCUGGAAAAGCUGAGACUGGCUGAACAUGCAGCAGCGUCAGACAAGGAGGAGGCCCAGCAUCUCAAGGAGAAGGAGGACAGUUCGAAGGAAGGGACUUCAGUUUGAUGAGUCUUCACCCUGGACCUUACAGUUAACUUACCAAAAUGCCUUACACAUUCCUAAAAAUAAAAAUUUAUGCUAAAUUUACUGUAGAUAAAAGAGACAAACCAUUAGUGACCCAAAACAUAGUUUUGAAACUUCUGGGUUUUUUUAAUGUUUUCUUUUAAAACAAAAAACCAACCAGUAAACACUGCAGUUUGUAAGAAAAUCUUCAUACUGUUUUGUACAACUCUUCAUUUCCUGGGAAGCUACUGUGGCCACACCAGGCACAUGCUGGGGCUUCACCCUCCUAUUCCAGCAGAACCCACCAAUGUGUGAAAAGGGAAGACUGUGUACAUCAACCAGUGCAAUUAUAAUUAUAUAUUUUUUGCUUUUUUUGUUUUCUUUUUUUUUUUUUUGAGUGAAAGGAGUGUGAAAGUAAGACCCAACAUGGAAGGAUGCCCUCUCUUGGAUGGGUGGCUCUUGGCACGUGUAUUUCUGGGUGUUGAUGCAAUUAAAAUGAUGUAGUGAAGAGAGCUUA